GCAGCAUGGAGCGAGAUGCUCCCCGAAGAAGAUUUGAACGUUCAGGCGGUGAGGCAGCUCAAGAAGAUGCUCCUCUUCUGCGGACUCCUCACCUUUGCCUCCGUGGCUUUCGGCUUCGGAGGUCGCUCGUUGCCCUCGCCAUGGAAGGAGCUCGUGUACACCGGGGGGUUCGCCUUGGCUCCCAUUGGGCUAUGGCUGUUUGCACUGCGGCUGCUUCCUUCGAAUCUCCGUACGCCACGCACCGUGCCAAUGCCUAGAUGCGAAGACCGCGUUUGGGCGCAGGUGACCUACGCGCUGCUUCAGACAGCGCCUCUCCAGUUCAAAAAAGUCAAGGUCUCUGUGGGACCUGACGGCAGCGGGUGCAUCACUGUUCAGGCACCAGCACCAUCGUGCAAUGUCAGUGUGUCCUCCAGCUCGAGCUGCAGCUGCUGCUUGGCAGACUUCUCCAUGGAGUCCCAUCUUGCCGUCUUGCGCUGCGGACACUACUUCUGCGAGACCUGCAUCACCGAAUGGUCGAUCUCUGGUCACGCAAAGUCUCGCUUCUGCCCGGUUUGCCGUGCCGACUUUGGCAUCGAGCCAGCUCAGCGGGGCACAUCUUUCGACUAG